AAACUUUAAGAUGAGCAAAGGUCGAACACUGAAGAUUGUUGCAGUGGGAGACGGUGCAGUGGGGAAGACCUGCCUCCUCAUUGCAUAUACACAGGGGACCUUCAAUAACGACUACGUCCCUACAGUCUUUGAUAACUACGCAGGCACGAUAACCGUAGAUGAGAAGGAUUACUCUUAUAACUUGUGGGACACGGCUGGUCAAGAAGGCUUCGACAAGUGUCGGGUACUGUCUUACACUCAGACGAACGCCUUCUUGGUGUGUUUCGACCUGGUAAACCGAACGUCUUACGAGAACGUAAAAACAGUCUGGGUGCCGGAGAUCAGGAAGGAAUGUGGUAGGGACAUCCCUGCCAUCCUUGUCGGAACCAAGCUUGACCUACGAGACGUUACUGAUUCCAAGCUUAUAGUGACGAAGGCUGAGGGUAAAAAGCUAGCUGACUCUCUCAAAAUGCACGGCUACGUCGAGUGCUCAGCAAAGAAGAUCAUUAACUGUGAUGCCGUUAUGAAGGCGGCAGUGAGAGCGUGUACUCAAGCCAGUAAGCCAGGAGGACAUACUUGUAAGAUACUAUGAACGCCCGCCUGUAAGACGACCCAAGUUAACACUGAACAUCUUCGUAAGAUCCUAUGAACAAUCGUCCAGAGAACGAGGCAAGAACCUCCGGCUCCUUAACUCUGUGUAAAUACAACAGUCUCGCCCCUGGAUGAAAUGACAUGUUGCCAGCAAAUAUGACUAUAACGCAGACAAUUUCCAGAGUAAGCUUUGAGACGACUGUUCGAAAAGCAACAAUAAAAGCUUAUUCUGGGAAUUUGUCGUUUUCAUCAAUGUGACUCAGAAGUGUUCCACUGGUAACUUCAGUAAAUGUAGUCAAUGUCAGUCGUCCCUAUAAAUCUUUACAUUCAUUAAACAAGCUUUGGUGCUUGAAUUUUCGUAUAUAUAUUACAACAAUCAUAUUUGAUUGUUGUAAUAUAUAUACGAGCAUUGAAGCACCAAAGCUUGUAUCAAAUGAUUUAGAUAAAGAAAAAUUGGAUAUCAAAUUGGGGAGGAGGAGUAUGGAAGAAGUGAAUGUUUUCAGAUACUUGGGAGUUGACGUGUCGGCGGAUGGAUUUAUGAAGGAUGAGGUUAAUCAUAGAAUUGAUGAGGGAAAAAAGGUGAGUGGUGCGUUGAGGUAUAUGUGGAGUCAAAAAACGUUAUAUGUGGAGGCAAAGAAGGGAAUGUAUGAAAGUAUAGUAUUACCAACACUCUUAUAUGGAUGUGAAGCUUGGGUGGUAAAUGCAGCAGCGAGGAGACGGUUGGAGGCAGUGGAGAUGUCCUGUCUAAGGGCAAUGUGUGGUGUAAAUAUUAUGCAGAAAAUUCGGAGUGUGGAAAUUAGGAGAAGGUGUGGAGUUAAUAAAAGUAUUAGUCAGAGGGCUGAAGAGGGGUUGUUGAGGUGGUUUGGUCAUUUAGAGAGAAUGGAUCAAAGUAGAAUGACAUGGAGAGCGUAUAAAUCUUUAGGGAAGGAAGGCCGGGUAGGGGUCGUCCUC